CCGAUAAAGUACCUAUCAGGGUUUUCUGCGGCGGGCGGGCCAACGGUCUUAGGGUGGCCGCCGUUGGUUUGGCCGACGAUGGCGAACUCGGCUGAGACGACGGUCGACGGUGUCGACGUCAGCGAAAAUGAUGGUACAAGCGUGACUGGUGGUGGGCUUAGGAAUCCUCUCAUCUGCGGCAUCUGUCACAAUUAUUACAACGAGCCUUGUCUGCUAUCCUGCUUUCACACCUUUUGUGCCCGCUGCAUCCGUGGCCCUCACCUUGAAGGAAAGGUCUCCUGUCCCUUCUGCGGGCAACAGACACAGCUGAAAGAUGGUGCACAACUUCCACCACCCGAUCAAUUGAUACGUCAGCUAGUUGAGUUAGCAAACUCUGAGAAUCCACCUUGUGCCAACUGUGAUAAGCGUGACAAGUCUACUAUGUUUUUUUGUACUACAUGUGGACAAGCAUUGUGUACAGACUGCAGAGAGCACACUCACCGUGCAAAGAUGUUUUCUACACACGAGGUAUUGCACAUGAGUAAAUGUGCCAAAGACACCCAACGUCGUUGUCCCACCCAUGGAGAACAAUACAUAAUGUAUAGCCAAAGUGCCAAGUGCAUGCUUUGCGCUACUUGUGUUCGCGACAUACCUGCAGAUGCUAGACUUCACUGUGUCGACAUUGAAAGUGCUUGGCAGCAGGCAUCGAAGAAGUUGGAACGAGCUGUUAAUUCUAUCUGUGAACUGCAAGUUGGCGUGCAAGAUGGAGUGCUGGCUUUAAAAUCUCAACUUGAUGAAUUGCGACAUAGUUUGGAUUCUGAAAAAAGAGCAUUGAAUUCCUUUUGUCAGGGAAUGCAGGAGGCUAUAUCGAAGACGCAUGGAAGUGUCCUGACGGAACUGCAGCGACAAAUUGAGACAAAGGAAAGGAUGGUUCGCAGCCAGAUGCUUUCAUUAAGUAGCGCACUUCCUGUACUGCAAAUGCACAUAGUGCUGAGUACUGUUUUUACCAGCGGUGCAACAAAAUAUCAGUUUCUUGAGCUAGCUCAUCCAAUGCUGGAACGACUUAUUCGAGUCGCACAAUUAGGAUAUCCAUCAAAGCCGCCCUUGUUGACUGCACAUUUGAAGACUAAUUAUAAGAAUGAAUUUGCUCGCGCUUUACAACCGUACAUCGGUCAGGCACAAACCCCGAAGGAAUCUUUAUAUGAUCAAACUCACACGAUGGCUCAACAAGAUCCGCCAGUGAUUCAGAGCAGCAAGUCUGCUCAGAGGAUUUCGGCCAAAAGCGGAACAGACGGUGGAUCGUUUUCCAGUCACUGCCGAACAUUUGAUACUCAGCUGAAGGAAUUGAAUCAACAGUUGCUCACUGUGAAGGAACGUUUAGAGGAGUUACAGCGCGAUGUAACGCUUCUGAGAAGAGCCAACACACCUCCGUUGGGCACACGUUAUGAACAGGUGGCGAGAGAUUGUCGAGUGCUAGAACAACAAUUAGAACAUUAUCAGCUGGAAUUAGACCGCGCUAGAAAUGUGUUUGAUACAUUUUGGGACGAACAAUUAUGUAGAAUUCGCAUAGAAAAAGAAAUAUUCCAUUCUCAGAUGGAUGAUAUUCUAUCGUUGAGGAAUCAGGUAAAACAAUUACAGAAUCUUGCUCAACAAUUAGAACCAUUUGUAAAAUCCUUUGCGACUGGAGUCACUGCUGGUGAAGUAAGCAUGACAGCUUCUGAUGUAGCCAAUAAUCAGCAUUUGCAGGCAUUACUGCACUUGGCACGCUUACAUAUGCAGGAAUCAUCGCAACCCCAGACCCAAGCACCAACCAAAGAUCAUCGACACUCCCGUACUACAGCCACUAGUGCAGAUAAUGCACUUUAUAUGAAAGAAACGAAAGAAGUACCACGAUGUCGUACUCCUGCUAAUGUUGAAGCUGCCUUAGACUCGAGCGGAAAUAUUAUCGUCUAUGGAACGGUCAAGUCUUCGGAUCCAAAAAGGGGAGUGCUUAGUCAAUUGAUCGAGAAAGCUAGGAGUAAAGAAGAUCGUAAAAAAUCACCAGGGAGAGAGGAGAGUCGUGAUCGUAGUCAGAGUCGACGACCGAGGAAGUCGCCCGAUAGUACAAAGCCUAUGACACCGCAUGGUCACUGGUCUGCUGGCAAAAUGCGUUCUUUGUAUCGAUCUUUGAAAGGUGGUAGUGGAGAUAAUUCUGCUGAAGGACUUGAUCAACCGGAGAGGUGUACGGAUUCUCAGCAACCACAGUCGCAUACGACUGGAGAAGAAGGAGAAUAUCAACGAAUUUCGGAGGCAUCCAGCACGGGGGAGGCCAAGAAGCGUGUCCAAGCUGAGGUACAUGCGGUUCCGGACGAACAAUCAAUUACUAUAGGCAAGGGAAGCAAGGUCUAUCCAGCCAGUGACUCAGAGGACGUGUUUUAUGCGGAUGAGAAGGCCUCCGUGGAGGUGAGAAGGCGCCGACGUGCAAGCUGCGACAGUUUGAGUACCACCGGCUCAGGAAGCAGGCGAUCGAGCAUCGUCGAUGGGACGGUAGGUCAAUCCGCGCAGGAUCCCAGGAAAACAUUGGUACUUUUGAUCAGGCCUACACCGAAGUCGUCGUUUCUGGUACAGAAGCAGCGUUCCUGGGAAACAUUUCCACGGCCAAAAAGCAAACGCAGCGUAACGACCAGCGAAGGUGCUGCCUCGUCCCUUAGCCAGCUGAAGAAAACGGACAGUUUCGAGGGACACGAGGAAACGGUAAGAACACUGGUGGCGGCUGUGCAAGAGACCAGGUCGCAUCUGCAUCAUCGUCAUGUACACCAACAUCGCCAUCACCGGAAGAGUAAGACAAACUAAAAUAACAAAUACUCGGUUAGUUUUGUUCGAGGAAGAGCCAUGGUGAAGGUUCUAAGGAGCUUUUUUCAAGAGGUAUCCA